AUUCUGUGAUAAAACUGUUCAAUAGUCAAUACACUCCAUAGACAAGAUACGCUGCGUAAAUAUGUGUUAGCGUAAAAAUUUAUAAACAUUUAACUCAAAAUCCUACGAGAUGGGUAUAUUCGGCAAAUCUACCACCGUCGAUCCCAAAGAUCAAGUUAAACAGUGGACGUCGACUGUACGGAAGGAAGGAUACAAGUUGGACAGGCAAAUAAGAGGUAUUCAAAGAGAAGAAGAAAAGAUAAAACGUUCUCUGAAGGAAGCUGCCAAAAAAGGCAACAAAGAUGUAUGCGUAAUCCUUGCCAAAGAAGUGAUAAGAUCUCGUAAAACCAUUAACAAAAUAAUUACAUCCAAGACUCAUCUGAAUUCUAUACAAAUGCAAAUGAAAAACCAAUUAUCUGUUUUAAGGAUGGCUGGAUCCUUACAAAAAUCAACAGAAGUAAUGCAAACAAUGCAUAGCUUGAUCAAAGUGCCUGAAGUUGCAGCUACUAUGAGAGAAUUGUCAAAAGAAAUGAUGAAGGCUGGAAUUAUUGAAGAAAUGUUAGAUGACACUAUGGAAAGUGUUAUGGAUGACCCAGAAGAUAUGGAGGAAGAAGCCCAAUCACAAAUUGAUAAGGUAUUAUGGGAAAUUACGGCAGGAGCAUUAGGUGAGGCACCAAUGGCUGUCACAGAAACACCCGGUGGAUCAGUUCAACCACAGGAGACAAGAACAGAAUCAGUCGAUGAAGAUAAUGAUGACUUGGAAGAUAUGAAAAACCGCUUAGAAGCAUUAAAAAGUUAAACGUCAUGUAUGAAUUGUAAAUUUUACAAUAUAUAUAUGGAUCGUAUUUUUAAAAACAAAUUUGGUUGACUACUGUAAACUUAUAAUUUUAUAUUAAAAACAAAUAUUUUUAUCAAUAGAAAAACUAAUAACAUCUACACAUUUCUUUGUUUAUUAUACAAAGAUCAUACAUUUUAAACGUAUUUUGCUUAUAAUGAAUGCAGUAUUAAAUGCUUUGGAGUACUUAACUAAUUAUUCUGGUAAUGGUUUUUCUACUAUAUUAUUUGAAAAGCUUUUAUCCAGUUGGAUUCUUUUAUAAUUUUUAAUCUAGGUAAAAAUAAACUGGUGUACUUAAAUGUUUAAAUA